AUGGCCGAACACCAUCUGGCCGACUACUAAUCGAAUCCAAACCGAAUUGACUAAUCAGCCUCAACCUCGGCUAAACGUCGUCAUCGCCAACCACCCCAACUCCAUAAAUAAACCACACCUCAUCCCUUCGUCAUCUUCCAUCCAUCCAAGUCAUCUCAGCCCUCACUCUCAAAACCAUGGCCCACAAUCCACGCCACAAUCCCGUGCUCGCCGUCGUCGGCGUCGGCCCUGGCAUCGGAGAGUCCGUAUCGCGGCACUUCGCCUCGAAAGGCUUCAGCGUAGCCCUAAUCGCGCGGACGGAGAGCAAACUGCGCUCGAUCCAGGAGUCUAUUCGUGCACAGCACGGAAUUCACAGCGCAAAAUUCUACGUCACUGACGUGCGCUCCGAAUCAUCUGUCAUCGCCACGUUCAGCGCCAUAAAAUCCGAUCUCGGCGCCGUCAAGGUCCUGGUAUACAACGCUGGCUCGAGGCGUCUUCGGCCGCGAACGCUGAUCGAAACCCCAACCACCGAGUUCGAAGACUUCGUCAAAAUCAACAUGCUCGGCGCCUACUACGCCUCGAAGGCUGUUCUUCCCGACAUGUUAGAGGGCGCAUCGGGUACGAUUAUCUUCACGGGCGCGACGGCUUCGAUCCGUGGGAGUCCCGGGCUAGGGGGGUUCUCACCGGGAAAGUUUGGGCUGCGGGCGUUGGCGCAGAUUAUUGCGAGGGAGUUUCAGGCGAAGGGAAUCCACGCGGUGCAUGUGCUGGUUGAUGGGCCGGUGGAGAGCGAUAUUAUCGGGUCGGUGGUGACGAAGAGGUGGGAGAGAGACGGGGAGGGGGAGAAAGUGCAGGAAAAGGACCGGUAUCUGAUGCAGCCGGCUGAUCUGGCGGCGUUGUAUUGGUAUCUGCAUGAACAGCCCAGGAGCACCUGGACGCAGGAGUUGGAUGUGAGGGCGCAGAGGGAGGGGAUAUUUUCGAAGCUGUAAGUGGAUGUCAGGAAUCGGAA